CUCCACCAUGCCCACGCCCUCCCGAUCCCGAUUCCUGCCAUUGCCAGUCCUCCUACUCAUCCUUGCAGGUGCAGCAGCCAUUGCGGGUGAGCAAGAUGAGCAGCAGCCGAUCACGCAUCCGGGCUGCCCGGACAAGUGCGGCAACAUGAGCAUCCCGUUCCCCUUCGGCCUGAUGCCCGGCUGCUUCCGCGAGGGCUUCCAGGUCACCUGCGAUCACUCCUUCGACCCGCCUCGAGCCUUCCUCGCCGGCAGCGACCCUGACACGACGACGAACCUCAUCACGCUCACCGAGCGCGACGAAUCGGCGGUCUCCGACGACCCCGAUCUGGUCUACUCGUACUCCAACACCUCCAGCUGGGGAGUCGAGCUCAUGGACGUGUCGAUCGACAGGAGCGAGGCACGGGCGUACGGCCCCGUCACGUCCCGCUGCAGCACCAGCAUCGCGCAAUCCAAGCUCAAGGAACAGGCCAUGACGCUGGAGGAGCCGUUCGCCGCCUCCAAGACGCUCAACGUCGUCGUCGGCGUCGGUUGGAAGGUCGGCGUCACGGACGGCUCAAGCUCCAGCUCCUACACGACGACGUUCGCCUGCCGCUCGGAGCUCGCCGCCAGCCAUCUCGAGCACGCGAGGAACGGGUCGUGCACGGGGCGGGGCUGCUGCGAGGCCGCCCUGAGCUCGGAGCCCGGCUACGGGAUCGUGCCGGGGGUCAGUGCCGAGAACAACACCCUAUGGAGGACCAACCCAUGCUCCUACGCCAUGGUGAUCGAGAAGUCACGCUACACCUUCUCGACGCCGGACCUGUACGUCGACAAGGUGCUGCCGAAGAAGUUCCCAAGGGGCGCCCCGGUCGUGCUCGACUUCGCCAUCGUCGGGGACGCCGCUUGCCCGGUGAAAGGCCAGCGGCCGCCGCCAGACAACGCGUGCGUCAGCAACAACAGCCAUUGUGUCAACGCGACGGUUGGCCAGUCGAGCUACGCACUCAGCUACGUGUGCAAGUGCUCCGAGCACUACCAGGGCAAUCCUUACAUCGCCAAUGGCUGCAGAGACAUCGAUGAGUGCAAGUUCCCAGAUAUAUAUUUUUGCUCAAGCAAGGGCAUAUGUAUGAACAGACUUGAUGGCUAUGAUUGUCCAUGCAAGCCUGGAAUGAAAGGCGAUGGAAAAUCAGGACACUGUGCAGAAACAUUCCCCCUAGUAGCCAAGGCGAUUGUGGGCACAAUCGGUUGUAUUUUUGUCAUUGUAGUUAUGUCAUUUCUACUUCUUCUUAGCAAAGAGAAAAAGAAGACAAAAGAGUUCUAUGAAAAGAAUGGUGGGUCUACACUAGAGAAAGCAAAAAUUAUAAAACUUUUCAAAAAGGGUGAGCUCAUCCCUUAUUUGAAAGAUACCAAUUUUAUUGGAAAUGGUGGUUUCGGUGCAGUUUACAAGGGCAUCCUUGGUGAUGAAUUAGUUGCAAUCAAGAAGACGAUUAGUGGUAGUCUGCUAGAGAAUGAACAGUUUGCAAAUGAAGUCAUCAUCCAAUCCCAAGUCAUCCAUAAGAACAUUAUCAGGCUCAUAGGUUGUUGCCUGGAAGUUGAUACCCCAUUGCUAGUAUAUGAGUUUCUUUCCAAUGGUAGCCUCCAUGACAUUCUUCACGGCAAUGACAACAAACCUUUGAACUUGGAUACACGUUUAAGAAUUGCUGCAGAAUCUGCAGAUGGUCUAGCUUACAUGCAUUCAAAAACAAUCACCAAAAUCCUACAUGGUGAUGUCAAACCAGCAAAUAUACUGUUGGAUGAUAGGUUUGUCGCCAAGAUUGCAGACUUCGGCAUAUCGAGGUUGAUUGCAAGAGACAAGCAACACACCGCAAAAGUCAUCGGUGAUAUGAGUUAUAUGGAUCCAGUAUAUUUACAGUCAGGCUUGCUUACUGAAAAGAGUGAUGUCUAUAGCUUUGGAGUUGUGCUCUUGGAACUUAUUAGUAGGAAGAAGGCCAUGCACUCUGAUAACAACAGCUUAGUCAACAGUUUCAUUGGAGCUCAUAAAAGAGGGGAGAGGGCAACCGAGUUGUUUGACAAAGAAAUUGCUGUAGGAGAAGAUUUGGAGAUUCUUCAAAGUCUAGCAGGGAUGGCAAUCGAAUGUCUCAGCCUUGAGGUGGAUCAAAGACCAGACAUGACAGAUAUAGCACACCGCCUUCUCAUACAGAAUAAUUCGCGUAAUGCAUAAGUUGUUUCAAGUAAGUUGUUUAUUUAGUUAACAUAUAUGUAUGGCGUCAAAUAAGGACAAUUCACAUCAACAAUUUUUUAUUUUGCUAUUUUGAGCAGAAUAUUUUCAAUAGAUGUAGGGGAUGUGUCCAUCAAUUUCAUGAAAUUUCUUAUUUCACUGUAACUCACUCAUUGUGCCAUAUUUUGAAGUUACCAAAUGUAUGUAUUG